AAAGAUAUCAAUCACCUCAUGUUAAGUUAGAGUGAUAAAUAUUCCUUCCUAACGAGAGAUUUUCGCAAAUCUGAAUUAGCGGACAUACUGAGAACCAAAAGAAUUUGGUAAACUCUAUGUCAAAAUAGAGCUCCUUAGUACGACAACGGAGAAAGCGCCGAAAAGAGAAACACCUCCACAUAUACGGAGAGGGAAUGGUGACAAUUGCGAGACAAUGAACUCACAGCGGCAUUUCGUCAAACACUUGAUAUACAGGACGAAAAACCGCCCUUUGCUCUCCAUUGCUAUCUCAUUACAGCUCAGAAUAUACCUCCCAUUCUCUUCAUCGGCAACGCCCAACCCUACACCAUUCCUAACUGAUCGAAAGAAAAGCCUCUACACCUCGUUUUUCUGCACACUUGUCCAUCUCUUCCUCCGCUGCCACCGCCUUUCAAGAGCCACGGAAGCUUUCUCUUCAAUGAGAAAUUACAAUCUUGUCCCUGACCUUCCUCAUUGGAACAGUCUCUUGCACCAUUUCAAUUCUGCCGGUCUGGUUGAUCAGGUGAUGGUCCUUUAUUCUGAUAUGAUCUCCUGUGGAGUGGCUCCCAAUGUAGUCACUCGCAAUAUAGUCAUACAUUCGCUUUGCAAAAUUGGAAAACUUGAAAAAGCCCUUAAAUUAAUCAGAGAGAACGAAAGUGACACCGUUACUUAUAACACUUUGAUAUGGGGGUUCUGCAGACUUGGUUUUGUGGAAAUGGGCUUUGGAUUGGUGUCUGAUAUGGUAAAGAAAGGUAUUUUCUUUGACACUAUCACUUGUAAUGUAUUAAUUAAGGGGUUUUGUGAUAAGGGUCUUUUGCAUAAUGCUGAAUUAGUGAUGGAAAUGUUGAGUGAUAAAAAUAGGGGUGUCUGUAAAGAUGUUGUCGGUUUUAAUACUCUAAUUCAUGGAUAUUGUAAGGCUGUUGAGAUGAGUGGUGGUUUUGAGGUGAUGAAGAGGAUGAAAAAAGAAGGUUUAUCACUGGAUAUUGUGACAUAUAAUACUCUGAUUGAUGGUUUCGGCACAAUGGGAGAUUUUGAUGCAACGGCAAAAUGUAUGAUGGAUGAGCUCUUGGACACGCGUGGAAGUAAAGUUGUUAGUUAUGUUGAUCAUGAAGAAAAACAUGAGUAUGAUGAUGAAAAUAAGGGCCUGGUAGUUGGAGACUUGGGUUUAGAACCAAAUGCUAUUACAUAUACCACACUGAUUAGUAAAUAUGUUAGGUGGUUUCAAUUUGAGAAAGCAUUUGCUACAUAUGAAGAAAUGACAAGGCGUGGCUUCUUCCCGGACAUUGUUACUUAUAAUUCCCUUAUAUAUGGCCUUUGUAAAUGUGGGCGGUUCCACGAGGCCAAGUUACUUCUUGGUGAGAUGAGAAUAGUGGGUGUGGAUCCUAAUCACGUGACAUACUCUAUUUUUAUUGAUCGCAUGUACAAAAAUAGGGCUGACAAAGUUGCUGCUAACUUUCAAAGUCAAAUAGUGAUUAGAGGAAUGUCUUUCGAUGUUGUCUUGUUUACCUCUUUGAUCGAUGGGCUUUUUAAACUUGGCAAGGCCAGGGAGGCAAAGGACAUGUUUCAGACACUCGUGAAGUUUAACAUAGCUCCAAAUCAUAUCACCUAUACUGCAUUGAUUGAUGGGCACUGCAAAUCUGGUGACUUAAAUAGUGUAGAGCUUUUGCUGCAACAAAUGGAACAGAAAUCUGUUUUACCAAACAUUGUCACAUUUUCUUCUGUAAUUAAUGGCUAUGCCAAAAGUGGAAUGAUUGAUGCAGCCGUGAAAAUGAUGAGGAAAAUGAUAAGCAUGAAUGUUACCCCUAAUGUUUGUGCAUAUAAUACCCUGAUUGAUGGCUGCUUUAAGGCUGGUAAACAUGAUAUGGCUCUUACCCUGUAUGAAGAAAUGCAGUCAAAUGGUGUUGAGGAAAAUGAAUUCUUGUUAGAUACAUUUGUGAAUAAUUUGAAAAAGCAGAGUAAAAUGGAUGAAGCAGAGAAAUUUUUUAUGGAUAUGGUAUCUAAAGGUUUGUCACCUGAUCAUGUUAACUACACAUCCUUGAUGGAUGGACUCUUUAAAAGAGGGAAGGAGUCAGCUGCUCUUCAAUUGGUCCAAGAGAUGAAAGAGAAAAAAAUAUCCUUUGAUACAAUUGCAUGCAAUGUACUGCUUAAUGGAUUAUUGGGAAUUGGCCAGUAUGAGGUACAGUCUGUUUAUGAUGAAAUUACGAAAUUUGGUCUAAUUCCAGAUAUUCAGACUUUCAAUUCUAUGAUUAAUGCUUACUGCAAAGAGGGGAAGCUGGAAAGUGCUGUCAAACUUUGGAGUGAAAUGAAGAGUUGCGGAAUAAUGCCUAAUUCAAUCACUUGUAAUACAUUGGUGAAAGGACUUUGUGAAGUAGGUGAUAUUGAAAAAGCAGUGGAUUUAUUGAGUGAAAUGGUGACAAUUGGUUUUCAACCUUCACCAGCUAUUCACAAAAUUAUUCUUGAUGCUGCUUCAGGCCAUAGAAAGGCGGAUAUAAUCCUGAGAAUGCAUGAGAGACUUGUCAGCAUGGGACUUAAGGCUGAUCAGACAAUUCAUAACACUCUUAUUGCUGUUUUAUGCAGGCUAGGGAUGACCAGAAAGGCAAUGUCAGUACUAGAAAGCAUGAGAGAAAAAGGAUUUUCAGCUGACACUACCACUUAUAAUGCCUUCAUACGUGGAUAUUGCAAAAGUUACCAAUUUCAAAAAGUUUUUGCGACAUAUUCCGAGAUGCUGGCUAAAGGAGUUCCUCCUAAUGUUGCUACAUACAACAUUAUAUUAGCAUCUCUGUCAGCUGUUGGACAGAUGAAGGAAGCAACUGAAUUGCUGAAUGAAAUGAAGGGGAGGGGCUUUGUCCCUAAUGCUAAUACAUAUGAUAUUUUGGUCUCUGGCCAUGGGAAAAUUGGAAAUAAAAAGGAAUCCAUCAAACUUUAUUGUGAGAUGAUUACAAAAGGUUUUGUUCCUCGCACUAGUACCUUUAAUGUACUCAUCUUUGACUUUGCAAAGGUGGGAAAGAUGAGACAGGCUCAGGAACUAAUGCAUGAGAUGCAAGUCAGAGGGGUUAUACCAAAUUCUUCAACAUAUGACAUACUAAUAGUUGGAUGGUGCAAGCUAUCAAAGAGUGUGGAGCUUGAAAGGUCAUUAAAACUGUCAUGCCGGGGUGAGGUAAGGAAAUUACUUGAAGAGAUGAAAGAUAAAGGUUUCACUCCAAAAGAAACCACCCUUUGUUAUAUCAGUCCUGCCUUUUCGAAAUCAGGAGAAAACAAUGACACAGAAUGGUGGUUAAGCAGAUGGCACAAGACAAAGCAGAGUUGAUCCCUUGAAAAUCAAGAUGUUUCUGAAGGAUAGAAUAUCUUUAUUUUUUGGUUUCUCUCUCUUGAGUUGAAACAUAAGGUUAAUGUGGAUGAGAGAAGCGAGCUGAUGGGAAGAGACAAAGCAAAAUACCUGGAGAAACAAAAAUGAGAAAUCAGGACAACUGUAUAUGCUUUUCAAGAAUUUUAGCCAACAUGAUGAGCUUGAAGCAAAGUUUCUCGAGAAGGCUGCACAUUGAAGCUAAAUACCAGAAGCUGUAUGAACCACUGAAUACAGAGAUAUGAAAUAGUAAAUUGAGUUGUCGAAGUGUAGGGUCUUAAUGAAGCUCCCAUGAACAACCAGUGCGAAAAUUUGGUGUAGAGAAAGUUGUUCUCAACUUCUGGCUGACUGCAAUAAAGAAUAAUGAGAUAUUAGCAGAGAUCUUACAGUGUGACCAAGAAGCUUUGAAUUGCCUCAAGUUAUCAAGUGGUGCAGUAUUGAUGAUCGAAAGGGUUUUAUGCUUCACAUCCUCUUGAUACAAAACCUUUUCUCGAGAAUUCUGUCUUGACUAAAACCUAUCACAUGAUUGAUGAUGAUGAUGAGUAUAUAUUGAAGAAGGCCAUAGGGACCGCCAUUUGAAUGGCAUUCACGUAAAGGCUUGACACGAGAUCCUAAAAAGGAAGCCAAGUGGGUCAAAAAGUGAUAAACCCAUAAUCAGGACUGAUCUUUAAUCCACCACAAGUAGCCGAAGAUGAGGAUGACAACGAUGAAAAAUGUUGCUGAAGAUCUCCGGAAUCUAAUGGGAGAAGAUGACGGCGUUGGAGAAAUUGCUGGUUUCUUAUUAGCUUUCGAUUUCCGUUUCAGUCCACAUGUCAUUCAAACUGGUUAACAACUUCUACGUGUUCGAUGAGUUAUAUGGUGCCAUCGUUAGGAAGUAGAGUUGGAUUGGAGUGAAUUUGAUAUUUCCAUUUGGCCCUCCAAUUUUGCAACUCAACAAUUGUGGCCAAAAUCAUCCCCCGUGUUGUGUCAUGGUUUAUGGUGAGGCUCUUGCAGGGGAUGAAUUUGAAGAUAUUGAAGAAGAUGGUGAUGGUUAUGAGAAUAAAGAAGGGGAGAAGCGCAAAAGAUAUGUACUAUUAGUUCAGCAUGUUUCAACAAAUGAUUCGAAUUUGCCUGUUACUUUUCUUUUUCUGGAGAUGCUGAUAGUUUUUUGGGUCUGUCCAUAUGAUGUUCUUCAGUUGUCCUUUUAGUCAUCAGCACCAAAGGUGAGAUGAAUGGCUUUGGUGGCAUUUUUCUUAGUUGAUGCCAUAAAUUGCCUUUCAUUUUCUUUAGUAUGUGACAUAUUUAUUCAACAAAAUUGUAGAAGAGUGUCAUAGCAGAGUUAGAGAAGGUCAGCAUGGAGAACGUCCUAUAGAGGUGCAAGCAACAGUAGUUUGUCUUUUGCCCAUAACAGCUGAUGAAAGAAAUUGAAGUAUGGUAUGCGCUAAUUACCUUAAAAGGUGCAUUUUAUUCCUAAGAAAGUUGCAAUAUGUGACACUCAUUUUUGUAUCUUUUGUUUUUUCGGCAAAACUGAAUGGUGAGUUUAUGUUCCACAUUGGAUGCUACCUAGCUCAGAAUUUACAUCGGCUAAUGCUGUAAGAAAAAUAUCUAGCAUCAAUAUCCAGCCUUGUGAUAGAUACCUUGUUUUUCUAUCUCAGAGAUUGUUUUGUUUCUUAAAUUUGUAAAUGGACGGAUGUUUUCCUUUUCUUUUUC